AUGGCUGACAAUUCGUUAGAAUCAAUCCCUACAUACUUGGAACAAUCUCUUUCACCACAGUAUGCCAAGCAGGCAGAGAAAUUGUUAAGGUCGAUUGAAAAUCAACCAGGGUUUGCCAUUAAUUUACUACAUGUAAUUGCAUCUACCAACCUACCACAAGCUGUUCGACUUGCCGGAGCCGUUUUCCUUAAGAAUUUAGUCAGACGAAAAUGGAUUGAUGAAGAUGGUUCCAAUUACCUACUUCCGUUGGAAGACGUCACCGCGAUCAAACGUGAGAUCAUUGAUGUCAUGAUCAAGUUACCCCUGUCUUUGCAGGUUCAGUUGGGCGAGACUAUAAGUCUUAUUGCCGAAAGUGAUUUCCCCCAUAACUGGGCCGACUUGAUUGACAAUUUAGUGGUGAAGUUUUCCAUGACCGAUUUUGUCAACAACAAGGCGAUCUUAUUGGUGGCCCAUUCAAUUUUCAAGAAGUGGAGACCGUUGUUCCCCUCAAACGAGUUGUUCUCGGAGAUUAAAUUGGUGUUGGAAAAGUUUGCCCCCACGUUCUUACAAUUGGUUAUUGAACUUGAUCGAUUAAUCGACGGGGCAGGAAGUAACAAGGCACAGUUGGAUAUUUAUUUCGAUAAUUUAUUAUUGUUGAUGCAGAUAUACUAUGACUUCAAUAGUCAAGAAAUCCCCGAGUUUUUCGAAGAUAACAUGGUUCAAUUGAUGAAUGUCGUUCACAAGUACUUGAUUUAUACCAAUCCGUUACUAAUUGAUAACGAAGGUAAUGACGAUGAAAUUGAAGUGUUAAUCAAGGUCAAGACUUCCAUCAUUGAAUUGAUUCUGCUUUAUGUCAUCAGAUACGCCGAUGUAUUCGAACCAUUGAUUCAAACAUUCAUUACGUCCGUUUGGGAAUUAGUCAAUACUUUUGUUACAAAACAACCAAAGUUUGAUUUACUUGUAGUUAAAUCUUUGCAAUUUCUCACUGCCAUCAUCAAGAUUGAAAACUAUCAAAACAUUUUCCAAAAUGAGACAUCCAUUAACGAAAUUAUUGAAAAGAUUAUCUUGCCUAAUAUCUACUUUAGAGAAAAUGAUCAAGAAACAUUUGAAGAUGAACCAUUACAUUAUAUAAGAUCAGAUUUGGAAGGGUCCGAUUUCGAUUCAAGAAGAAAAAGUUCCACUGAUUUCUUGCGAGAAUUGAAGGAAUUGAAUAGUGAGUUGUUAACCAACUCAGUAAUGAAGUAUGUCAAUCAAUUUUUGAAUACCCUGUCAGCAGAUUGGAGAAAUAAGGAUACCGCCAUUUACUUAUUUAGUUCAUUGGCUACGAAGGGAGCAAUCACCACUAUUGGUGUUACUUCAACCAACACUUUGGUUGAUGUUGUGAAGUUCUUCACCGAUAAUAUUGCUCAAGAUUUAAUAGAACAAUCCACCCAUCCAAUUUUACAAGUCGAUGCCAUCAAGUAUAUCUAUACAUUCAGAAACCAAUUAACUAAGGAUCAAUUACUUGGUAUAUUACCACGAUUAAUCACUCAUUUGAAUGCAAAGUAUAACCCCGUGGUUUACACAUAUGCUGCUAUAACCAUUGAAAAGUUACUCACUAUGACUGACUUUACUAGUCAUGAACAAGUAAUCAACAAGCAUGACAUCAAACCAUAUGUUAAUGAUGUGUUGACUGAAUUAUUCCAACUUAUAUUAAUGAAUAACUCAUCUCCAGAAAAGUUGGCCGAAAAUGAGUUCUUGAUGAAAUGUCUUGUUAGUAUUUUACACACUUCUGAAGAAACUUUGACUACCCGACAAGCAAUUAUUCAACAAUUGUUGCAAAUUUUACAAAUCACCGCCAAAAACCCUUCCAAUCCAAAGUUUUCUCAUUAUAUCUUUGAAUCUUUAGGUUUGUUGGUGAAAUAUGGCGAUGAUAUUCCUCAAUACAUGGAUUUAAUCAUUCCCUCACUAUUAGAAAUCCUCGCUGAAGAUGUUCAAGAAUUUGUUCCAUACACAUUACAAAUCCUAGCCUACUUGCUUGAAAACUACAAGUCUAGUGCAUUACCAGCUACAUAUGCCAAUCUUGUUGAACCAUUACUUUCACCUUCCGUGUGGGCAUACAGGGGAAACAUCCCAGGUAUCACGCGAUUAUUAAUUGCCAUAAUAAACCAUGAUGCAAGUUUAUUUGUUGCUCAAGGGGAUUCCAGUUUAUUGCCUUUGUUGGGAGUAUUCCAAAAAUUGAUUGCUUCCAAGGUUAAUGAUGGGUAUGGAUUUGAUUUGCUUGAGCUGAUAUUGUUGAAUAUUCCAAUUGAGAAAUUACAAGCGCAUUUAAAUACAGUGGUUACUUUGUUGUUGAGAAGAUUGAGUGAUUCAAGAACUGACAAGUUUGUCAAGCGGUUUGUAGUGUUUAUCGCCGGAUUAGCAGUGACGCCAGCAAACAUUACAAAGUAUCCAAACAGUAAUGUUGUCAAUGGAGAUUUUGUGGUGAGAUUAUUGGAUUCUGUACAACAAGGAGUUUUUGCUCAGAUCUAUCAAUCAUUCAUAUUAACUACUUCAGGAACAUUGGGAAAUUUGCAAGAUAAAAAGAUUGUCAAUAUUGGAUUGUCUUUCUUUGUAACGUGCCCUAUUUUCCAACAGCAAUAUGGAACACUCGUUCCUGCUACAAUUGAACAGUUAAUGGCUAAUUUGAAAGAGUACCUGAGUGUUUCUAAAGACGGAAAUGUAGUUCCUACCUCAACUGCACCUUUGAGUGAAUUGGAUUUGAAUUUGUCCAGUUUUGGAUCACAUUUCUCCAAGAUUGUUUCCAUUAGUUUGGGUAAGUUUGAUCCGGUUGUGCAACUCAAAAAUAACGAUUUUGAACUGAUUAAAUUGGUUAUCGGUGAGAACUUAAAGAAGGUUCCUGGAUCUUAUUUGAAUAUGUUGAGUGCUGAAAGUCAAAGUUUGUUAAAGGGAAUGGUGUAA